GGCAAAGCAGAAGGAAAGGGGGGGGGGGGGGGGGGGGGAGACAGCUGUUUUAUUCACCCCCCUCCCCUCCAUCUACUACCUACGCUAAACCUUCACAAAGGAUGCAAGUUCACUACAACAGAGUGGAUUGAGAGAGUCAUUAUUGUGGGAGUUAAUACAGAGCCUAAACAUAUUCAUUUAGUCAUCGGAGACAAUAAGGUGGAGCUGGAACACAAGUAUGACCCCCAGACCAAAGUGCUCACCGUGCGAAAACCUGGAAUUAACAUCGGCGAAGAAAAAUGGGUCAUCAACCUACAUUAA